GAUACUAUUCUAUUUUUGGCGGGAAUCGAGCCUGGCGGAAAGCAGAAAAUUCUAGAUUCCCGCGCCAGUUGCAAGGAUGCGCUCUGGUCGACAGGACACGCACGCGAGCCCCGUCUUGGUCAAGUCCGAAAAGACGUCGACACCAGGUGAUCUAGGCAAAGAAGAGACAUCCUUUUGUGUGCGUGAAAAAUCUCUCUGCUGCCAAAGCUUCAUGGAGCAUCAGCUGCACGCCAGUGACGACGGCCAGGAUGCCGGCCGCGGGGUGCGCGUGGCCUUGUCAGCCGCCGAUGAGCUACAUGGCUGCGCCCUGCGUGCAAAGUACCGACCUUUGCGUUCGCCUCGCCACGGAAGACACCCGUCAGAAUCGGACCUGGCAGUCGGGGACCUCACCCUCAACGACACCACCUUCGACGAAGAAUCGUCCGAGUUAGAACACGCCGAUAGAAUGACGCCACCACGAAGUCACUCCUACAGGAUCACGUAUCACAAGCCGGUCCUGUCAUCGCGCCGGGACUCCUCAGGGUGCGUGUUCCGUCUCCCGAAGCCUCUUACGGAAGAGCAGACGCGUGCAGGCUACUGCAUCUUGACGUUCGAUGAGCCGCAUUUGCAUUCUGAUGGCUGUAAAGAGACCGAGAACGGAAUAUGCAUGGCAGACUUCGUGGUACACAUACCAGAUACUCGGGCUAUUGUCGAGAAAGAGACCGGUUCGCUGAGACUGAAGACCCUUCCGAAGUACUUUGGAAUCGGUCAGUCUAGUCAUCAUCUCGGCAAGUUGGGAGUGUUUGCCCUCAAGGAUCUGCCGCACCCCAGCUUCUUUGGACCCUUCUUUGGACGGAACAGACCUCUGAUUGAGUGCUCUAUGGCUGACAGGUGUUGCGAGAAGGUCCUGAAUAAGGUAUAUACAGCCGCUGACAUUGACACGACCCAAGAGACAGGCACCUGGAUGACUUUCAUUAAAUUCACCAACGAAGUCCGACGCACAAAUCUCACGGCCUUCAUACACGGGGAUUCCAUCUACUACAAGACGACAGCAGCCAUUAAAAAGUUCGAUGAGCUGGUGUUAAACACUACAUGUGAUCAGCAUUUCACUUCAUCCAGCAUUCUGUUGAAGACGAUGUUUGAUUAGAUCGGCAUUAUGUGAAGAUAAGAAGCCAAUGUUUGAGUUAGAAAUUGAUUUCAAGAUAAGAUGUAUACGGAAGAGAUUCGAAGGUUACACUUUUUUGUCUCUCAAGUACUAGUUUCAUGCUUUAUUCUUAAAGGAAUUUUUACAAUUUUGAUGAUUUUGACGAAAGAAAAAUUACAUUCGUGUAAAGAAUAGAUAUUUAUUUUUAUUUAUUACUGACAAUAAAAAGGGAAUUUAUUUUCUA